CUAGUACGCGCAGCGUUUCGGGCAGGAGAUAAGAGAUACUGUAAGAGAUAAGAAACAUGGAAACCUUUUAAAGCAGUGGUCUGGAUUAAUAUCUUCGAAUUUCUUCAGGAAAUUAAUGGUUUCCGUGAGCUCGGCCCCAUAUCAUGCACCACCAAGGAUCUCAUGAUAAAUGAAAAUGGCUUAUUUAGUGUUGAUUGCGAUUAGUGUGGCAGCAUCUCUUAUGCCAGUGUCUUCGGGUUCCACUUGCCCGCUGGUCCUCAAAACCAGUGCCCAGGUGGAACGAAGACUGCUAAAUGAAGGUUUCCACAGAGACUUGGAGACCACAAUUUUUCUUUCAUCUCCAGAGGACCUGCAGUCAUGUGUGGUUCUCAUUAAGGAAGUCUUCCCUCCGGGCUCGUAUGUUGACCCUAAUCAGCUUCGCUUCCUCAAGCAACUUGGUGGCCCUGACUUUCAUAUUCCUCAGAUUAUCAACGUUGAGACCCCAGAACACUUAUCACCUCGAAUUCUCGCAUAUUUUUAUGCAUUACCGAGUCCACUGAAUGAUGGUAGAUGGCUGGUAAAUAUGACUGUCCCUGUCCACCUCCGCUAUCACAGGGCUCGGAGCGGAGAGUCUUAUCCACUGGAAGUUGCAGUAAGGCUCCUGCACCCGGCUGUGCUUCUACAGUGCGACGAUGUUGGUGGAGAUGCGUGUAGGCCUCUAGUGCAGUUAGAGCCGUGUCCUCCAGAUGGCGUGCAUCAAUGUGAAUGGCUGCCUGUGCACACCUUUAGUACAAGUGAAGCAGUAAUGGGGAUGGUACCAGUGGGCAACACAGACCUGUUGGACACUGUGCUGCUCACCACCACCUGUAUCACCGCUGGGGCUACGCUCCUCAUCCUAGCAACACUUAGGAAAAAGUAAAUUCAUCAAAUCUGAAAGCUGUAUCUCUAAACUAUUUUCCUACAUCAUUAUAAGUGUUACUUAUAAUGGAGUGUAUUAAACAAAAGACAAGUGUAUUAUAUGACAAUGUUUUAUCUAGUCAAGAGUAUGUUAAGAUAGAAACUGUAAAUAAACUAACGAUAUUCUAAUAAUGUAUUGAAGAUUUUUUAAAUGGUGUGAAUAAAACCCUGUAAUUAAAUAUUUUAGCAACUGAGGGACAACUUAUUUGUAGUUUGAUAUUUUAUAUAUAUAUAUAUAUAAUUAUAAGCUUCUCAGAAGUGAACAACCUGAGAAUCUUGUGUGGUUUUAGGAGGAUAGAUUACAUGGUUUCCAUAUUUUCAUUCUUAGAGUGCAUAUUUUUGUAAAUGGUAUGAAAAAGAAGAGUAAACAGAGAUAGUUUGGUAAUGUUGAAGGAAUUAUGCUGAUCAAGCAGUAAAGAGUGAAAUAUAAGAUAGAGAGAAAGGUUAAGAAAAUAAACAGGUAUUGUGAGGAGCAACAAGUGAAUGAGAGUAGUAUGGGAAACAAGAUAGGGGAUCAAAUCUAGGUGGAAACAUUUAUUUGUUUAAUGGGGAAUGAUUAUCAGGACAGAUUUGUAUAUGGGAUCUCAUGAUGAGCGCUUAACUCCUAUCAUUAUUAAGUGGACCAAGUUUUGCUGUGAAUGAUUUGCGGUCGUGUAAUUGUUGGUGUCCACUCGGGACAAAUGCCUUACAUCACUAUGUAAUUGAAUGUGAAAAAAUAUUUGAAUUUAGAGAAUUCUAUCAAAUGUUCAAGUAUAUUUCAUUUAAAAUUAUGUAAUACCAGAAAUCCCAAGUUUGCUUACUAUGGAUAAUUCAAACAUGUGUUUGUAAACUUUCCACUACCACCCACAAGAUGGGUGUUGGGGUGCCUGAUAAGCAAAUUAAAAUUCUAUGUAACUAGCUCACCACAAAUGUAAAUUAUGCGGCUUAAGAGAUUGGUGUGGAUCCAGUUCUUGAACCAGUUAUGCUAUACAAAAGUUUAUGUACUGUAUACAUAUUAAACUAUGUAACUAGUUUAUGAAGACUGUAACAUGCUUAGCUAAAGGAA